AUGGAGAUGUUUAGAAAAGUGGAAUUGAGCAUACCUUUGUUAGAUGCUAUCAAACAAUUUCCGAAGUAUGCCAAAUUCUUGAAGGAACUUUGCACGAAUAAAAAGAGAUUGCGAGCAGAUGAGUGCAUUAUUGCUGGAGAGAGCGUAUCUGCUGUUAUACAAUAUAAACUCCCUUCUAAAUGUGGCGAUCUUGGUAUGUUCUCAGUUCCCUGUAAGAUAGUGAAGGUUAAUGAAUUUAUUGUUCCAAUGGAUUUUUAUGUGCUUGACAUGCGUGAUGAUAACUCUCCAAAUCCUUCACAGAUAUUGCUUGGUAGACCAUUUAUGUGCAUUGUACAAACUAAAAUAGAUGUCAAGCAGGGUAUACUUUCUAUGGAGUUUGAUGGUGAAAAAGUACAAUUUAAUAUUUCCGAUGCUAUGAAAUACCCUGGAGAAUCUAACGUUUUGUAUAGCUUGGAUGUCUUUUAUGAGAACGUGCAGGAAAUUCUUGAUUUAAGUGGAAAAGACCCUUUGAAGAUUGUUCUGGCAUACCAUCUUGAUGCGCAAUUCAGUGCAGAAAAAUUGAUGAAUUCACAGCUAAGAGAAGCAAUGCACGCACUGCAAUCUUCGGAAUUCAAGACGACCAGUUUAGAACAAGCAACGUUACCUGCUCCAGAUCUAAACAUGAAGCCACUCCCUGAUAAGCUGAAAUAUGUUUUCCUAGGAGAGAAACAAACAUUGCCUGUUAUCAUAUCAGCUUCCCUUUCUCAAAUCCAAGAGGAGUGA